ACUCUACCUACAAGACAACACAUACACUAAAUGUUUCCUAACCACAAGUAACAAUUAAUUGUACAUUUAUUUUAUUUAAGGGAACACAAACUCUAUUUUUGUAACAUGCUGUAUUAGUAGUGCUCCGUGGAAUUUGUACGAUAGUAAAAAGGUGCGAGCCGCGGCGAGAUACAACGGAAAGAAGAAGACGACGACGACGGAAAGCACGGUAAAGAUAGAGGACGGUUUCGCGAUAGCUGGAAGAUCGAGUUGUGAAAGAAGAAAAAAAAGUAAGAAGAAACGGUGAUCGGAUAGAACGCGAAGAACGAAGACAAGGGACUAAGAAUACAGCGACCCGAAACGACGAGGACAACGACAAAGGGGACAAUCCCGACGAAGACGGCAACGAGGUGGAUAAGGACGAUCGUACCGCAACAGUGGCCGCCACUGAGGCUGAAAACGACAGCGAAGUAGGUGAUAAUCCUCGGCGUAGUCUCUCCGCUCGUUGACUCGGCUCUCGGUGUAGCCAGCCGAUUAUCUCGGUGUGGUGCGUGUUUUAAUAUUACGAGUUACGACGUGGAGAAAAGUGUACGACUGAUAGUAGUAGUGAAGUGUAUAGCCGACACACCCUCUUGACACUCGACAUCCGUGUCUUGUAUCGCCAUCGGUUCGGCUCUCUACCCCCUUCUUUUCCCAUCUUCUCGCUCUUUUCUUUGAGUACAUUUACGUAGUACAACGCGUGUACAUUCGGUCACUACAACCAGAAAGCCGCGGCACACCACGUCCCUCUUCCUUCUGUUCUUCCUCCCGUCUCUAACCCCCCUCCCCCCUCCCCUCGUAUCUCUACCAUCUUCUUCUCUUUCUUUCAUACGGUGCAAAGUGAUUUAUCGUUGCCGCUCGUCGCAUCGGAUUUCGUCGGUGUUUAAAACCAUACCGACCGGCUAUCGUGUCCCUUUGCUUUGCGUUCGUAACCAUACGUACCGUACUUCGUCCUAGCUCUAUCCCCUCCCGACAACACCCCCCCUCGUUUUACGAAGCGUCUCACCCACACCUAUUCGUCCUCUCUCUCUCGCUUUAUUCCUCGCCUCUUUUUCUGCCUCCGCUCCACCCCGGUUUAUCGGCCGAUCGGAGUGCAAAUUCGUUCGUGACCGUGCUUGUGUGGGUUCUGCAUCUAACCAGUGUGUCGGGAGAUACGAAAAACACGGCUGACGCCGCUCUCUUGGCAACGCCAGACCAAAAGCCAGCGACGACGUGCGAGUACGAUUAGAAAUUCGAGAGAGAGAGAGAGAGACUUUUGCCGUAGUAAUAGGACCGACGGCACGGUAUCGUUUCGUUUGGCGCCACGAGCGAUAACACCGCUAAUAUGUCCGUGAGAAUGGAAAACGUAGCCGCGCCGAGGAAGCUCAACUAUAAAAUGAUGGGUACGAACGGUCCGAGACCGACGUACGUGGGUGCAAACAAUGGUAACGCCGGCGGUGCCGGGGGCGGCGGCGGCGGCGGCGGCGGAGGCGGCGGCGGCGGCGUCGGAGUGGGUCCAGCGAGCGGCGGCGGCGGCGGUGGUGGUGGUGGCGGUGGCGCCGGUGGAGGCGGGCACGGAUUGAAGGGGAACACCGGCGGCGGGCCACGAGGCGGAAACCCCGUGCAGUACCGUGCGAGCGGUGCCGCCGCUUGGGGUGCAGCACCGCCCUCUCACGCGGCCGCUGCUGCGGCUGCGGCGGCGGCUGCCUAUCCGCCGUACACGCGGUACCCAAGCGCAGCGGCCGCAGCUGCGGCGGCCGGCCAGAUGCCCGUUGGAGCACAGCAACUGCCGCCUACGGCGAAUCCUUACGCCACCGCCACCUACGCACAACACGCGUCGUAUGGUGGACAACGGGUGCCUACGGCCUCCUCUCCAGCUAACACUAAUAGUAGUUCUAGCAGUGCUACUGGCAGUCAAAGCGGGACAAUGAGCACAAGUCUUAGCAAUAACGCUAUACAAGGACAACAGGCAGAACAACUAUCGAAAACAAAUUUAUAUAUCCGUGGCCUCAACCAAAACACAACUGACAAGGACCUCGUUAACAUGUGUUCUCAAUAUGGAACUAUUACUUCUACAAAGGCAAUUUUGGAUAAAAACACAAAUAAAUGUAAAGGUUAUGGAUUUGUAGACUUUGAGUCACCAGUGGCGGCAGAGGGUGCUGUGAAAGCACUGGUCGCCAAGGGCAUCCAAGCGCAGAUGGCGAAAGUGGGUAUCUGGUUGCUCCGUAGACUGCCCAGUGUACGUUGGUUGUGCAUGCAACAACAGGAGCAGGACCCCACCAAUUUGUAUAUUGCAAACCUACCACUGAGCUUCAAAGAAAAUGAUGUUGAAGGUUUACUCGCUCAAUACGGGCAAGUCAUUUCAACGCGUAUAUUACGCGAUACUGCUGGACAAAGUAAAGGUGUUGGAUUUGCAAGGAUGGAGUCCAAAGAAAAAUGUGAACAGAUAAUCCAGAUGUUUAACGGAAAGGCACUACAAGGGGCUAAAGACCCUCUAUUGGUGAAAUUCGCCGAUGGUGGUAACAAGAAAAAAUCAUUAUACAAAAGUACAAUAUGGAGAGAACCGGGAGAGAACAUGACUUUGAAUUACGAUACAAGUGGCGUUGGUCAAAAUGGGGUUGCAACUACUCACAUGCUACCUGCAGCCACUUUAACACAAUAUAGUCGUCAUUAUGGCCAAGCUUUACCUGGUUACAGUGUUCCAGGAACACCUUGGGUUACUCCUUAUUUGGUGCAGACCGCCCCUCCACAUAUGCAACAGGUCGACAUGAUGCCAUCAGCUGAUCCUAGCAACCCGCAGUACAGUAUGAUUCCUCAGCUUACUACACAAAUGUCUACAUUGCAUCUUGGCACUGGUUCCUACAUAGCAGCAAGUCCGCAUCCCUACCCUUAUACUACUUACCCUCCUAGCAUUAUUCAUACCAUGCCAUUGGGUGAAUCUGAACAGACAAGUAACGCUGCAUCCCCUGAUGACUCCUAUCAACAAUACCAAGCUCAGCAGCCUAAGUAGGCUACGGUUUUUAGAUACGAUUACACCGAGGGUUAUGUAAGUUAGGAGAACCACACCUGUUGAUACACGAAGGAUUAUAUUAAUGAAGAAUAGAUGAGACUAAAUACAUUACAUAAAGUCAGAUAAGAUUCUUCCUCAUGAUAAUUGACUUGCCAGCCAUCUUUUAUACAUUUUAUCCACCAGAUAAAUAGGUGAAAGUAGUUAAUAUUUUCCAACGAUUAGAGAAUGAAUGUUGUCAUAAGAAAGGGGUACGAGUGCUCGUGUCAUCUACAUUGUUCGGCACCAGCACGGCUCCAUACGCUGUAACGCCAACAAAUCAUUACGACAGUGACAAAAUUGAUAUUCUGCGACGGACAGUUUAGUGUCAAGCUAAUAGGCUUCCAGGAUUAACUUUAGGUAUUACAUUUACUAAGGAAACGAUAAGUCGAAGCUGAACGCUUGAGAGUGUGAAUAAAUAUUUUAACAAAAACUGUAAACUAUAAAAGAAACGCUGCUCAGAAAUAUACAAAGGAGAAUUCUUCCCAAGAAAUAAUAUAAUAAUAUACAGAGAAAAGCACUUCCAAUGCUAGAGUUGAUAAAAAAAAAAAAUACAUUCAGAUUCAGUUGAUUGUAAAUCAGUACCUACCGGACUCGUGCCAGCUGGCUGGCCGGUGGCUGGGCUGCGAAAGAAGAGCCGUUCGGAUCAGCGUUCUUUUCUCGCAAAGACGCUGAAGUAAAAGCUCUUCCUUAACAGCGCACACCACCCCAUCCACAAACUGCACUCUCAUCACAUUAUUUCUUUUUGUUUUCUUCUGUUUCGUUCAGACAUUCCAAGCCAGGCACAUAUAUUGUAUGUAUGUAUUGCCACGCGGAGAUUUUUAUCUACUUUUACAAGUACAGUUCGCGUUCUCUUUUUAAUCACGGACGAAUAUAUUUUAUCGGCGAAAAAAAGAAGCGAAGAUUUAAAUAAAUAAAAAAAAAAACGAAGGAAAGCUUUAUUUCUAAAGAGAAAAAAAAAACUUCAAGAUAUAUGUAAUUAUUGUAACAAGAACGAAAGGAACAUAGUACUUUUUAGAGGAUUUAUAUUUAUGAGUACAGUUACUACGAAUCGAUAUCAGUUUUAAUUGUACAGUGAAUACAGAUAUUUUUUUUAGAAUUGUGCCUUUUCAGACAAAUCCGCUAGACAGGGAUAUGCUGAAAAAUAUUAUAAUAUAUUUUUACGUCGGUAUGUAAAUGCGAAACUUGAGCCAAAUUUUGAUCUUCUAGUUAAGAGAAUAUAAUUGUUUUUGCGUUGUAGCCAGUUAAAUAUCACUGCGUUUGUUUUUUGGUUACGAAUUCGAAUAGAUUUUGUAUGUGUAUAGUUGCCACUAACGGGAUUGACGGGCCGAAACACCGUACGGUCCGUGCGGAGUCUAGGAACAAAAAGAAAUCAAAUGGCGGAUCAUUGUAAACCGAAAUAUUCACACCGCCCGAGAAAAGAGAGACAGUAGGCUUGUUACGACGGGAUACGAAUAGAUAGAGUGUAAAUUAAUUUAUUAUAUCGAACAAACGAAUAACGCGUUACUAAAUGAACCGAGGAUAAUGGGACUGGAGGAGAACGAUAGGCGAGAGGAUCGAAACGCGAGAUAAACGAAAGGGAAUUAAAGAAUGAAAGAAAGAAAGAAAAAAAAAAGAUAAGCCGAGGAUUUUCUAUCUACGCGCGGUAUUUUGAGAGAAACAAAAAAAAAAAGGAACACCCUCCUCUCCUGCGUUCCUCUAAGCCCGUUUUUUUACUAUAUCCGGCACAGUUUUCACGUUGUCUGACUUAGAUCGAGUCGAGAAAGGACGAUUAGCAGAAAGCUUUCUACCAAAUAUUGCGAGCUUUGGGCUCGAAGUGGGCGGGCAGGUAGUUAGAUAGAGUUAGAGGCGAUCGUAGCUAUUAUUAUAAUAUUACAAUAAUAUGCUGUAUUAUUAUAAUUAACGAUUACUAUUAUUGACGUCAUCUAAAGUAUGAAAGAUUUUUACACUGUUGAGACUUGAAGUAAAUAAUAUAUUUAGUUUAUUUUGGUACAUCACGAUUUGAUGACAAGAGAUAAAAGAUGAAAAAAGUGGUAUGAGCUAUUUUUUAAGAGACCGAUUAUUACUCGAUUUGAGUCCACGCAUUAAGAGGGAGAGAAAGAAAGAUGAGAUGGAAGGGGGCGAAAGGGGAGAACCUAUUUGCGAGUGUGUAAUUGUUGCACAAGCGAUUGUCACCACGACUGACAACAAAAAAUCACAUGUGAUUAAAUAGUGAAUUUUGAAGAAUUUUACUAAUAGACUUGUACUAAAUAACUAAUUAUUAUUGUGACGACCAAACAAAGAGCAGCACUAGUGCUGACCGAGCGGAAGAACGGAUGGUUUUCGGCCGACAUAAAACGCCAGCUUCCGCAGAUACGGAGCCGCACUGGAGAGCGGGCAGAGAGAAAGAGAGACGAGAAAAAAUAAUUGAGAGAAACAGGAAGAUCAUGGAUGCAAGGGAUAACGUGUGCGAAAGGAACGAAGAAAGAUAGCGCGGGCGAAUGAAAGUGAAAGAGUGAAAGAUUGAUAAAGAUAGUGUGCAAAGGAAGGCUGAGGAGGGUAAAAAAAUGGGGAGAAGACGGAGUGCAAGUGAGACGAGCGAGCGCGUAACUAUUGUAUAGAACGUGAAAGAAGAAGAAGAAAAAAAAACAAAACACAGCGAGAACGUUGUGUAGUUAGUGUUGACUAUGAAUAGACUAGGCACCAUUUUGGAUAGGAAGUAAUCGAUUAAGCGAUUAAGUUUAGGUAGAUAGUUAGCUGAUAGUUAGGAUACAACUGCCUCUCCGUGUCUAAACACAUUAGGCGAGGCACCGUUCAGCCUAUGCACCUCGCACCCGUCAAGACUGACUGGCUAUUCAUAUUAAUAAUAAAUAUAUAUUAUUCUACAACAUAUUAUCUACUGUAAUAGUAAGGACUGCUUGCUGCGCACCGCGGGUCGGGUGCUUGGGCUGGCCGGGUGUGGUUUACGAAAAACCAUUUGGGAACUUCGUUUUCCAAGCAAUGCUGCUUUCCGUAAGCUUUCUCUAGAGUUCUAGCGUAGCCUCUUUUAGAUUAGAAUUCACACGUAGUCGUAGGCUGAUUGUAGAAAGAUGAGAAUAAAAAAAAAAAACGUAGGGUGUUUUUUUAAGUAAACAAAAAAAGUAACAUUUAGUCGAAUAUCGGCUUAAGCGAAGCGAGUCCUAGUUGACUCGAUGAUGUCAAGGACGCAUCAUCGUACUUCGACUUGUACAGUCCCUUAGGUUCACCGAGUUUUUAAGUCAUUGUUUUACACUGUUAAGCGCUAGGUUUUCUUUUCUUUUUUUUUUUUAAGUUGUAAUUACGUUUUUCCCCCCACUGUCCUUUUUCUAACUUCCACCCCUCUCCCUGUUUCUCCUACGAUCUGUCCCCCCCCUAAUCUCUCUUCGUUUCUUGAUCCUGUGCUUGCUCUCUGUUGCGUUCGAAUUCCUUUCGAGACGAAAACAUGUAAUUCUCCAAAACAAUACCAUACACCGUCUGCUUAAUUUUUUUUGUUUCUUCUCUCCAUGAUAUUGUUAUGCGGUGUGCGACCAAUGAGAACAUGAAAAACAAGAGAAAAAGAGAGAAAGAGAAACGAUGUCGAGGCAUCCAAGGUACACAGUUCGCAUCCGUACGAGGAUUGAUUUAAGAAAAAGAAUGAUUAAAAAAAAAAAAAAAUACACUAGGUUCGGAUACUUUAAGAUGGCGAGGCAUAGCACGUAAUGAAAUUCUAGAUUAAGGCAAGUGUGUCAUAGCUAGUUAAGAUAGGGACUCUUAGAAGUCGAUAGGUGCUGUAAUAGAAAAAAAAAAAAACAAAGUUUAACAACGGUCAGAAUUAGAUUUUUCAUGAAACUCGAAAUAAGAACAGGGCAUACGCCACUAAAAGUGCCCUUAGUUUAUUUUGGAUCGUUUAAAAACGCUAGUCUUUGUGUGAGAUAAUGUGGGGGUUAGAUAGGGUCUUCUAAAAAAUAAAAAUGGAAAAAAAAAUUGAAAAAAGUGCAAACGAAAACAGACAACAAAAAGAGAGAGAGAGCGAGAGCGAGAGAAAGAGCGAAAGAACGUGAGAAAGUGAUUACAUUGCGAGAGAGCGAGAGGAAGCGCGACCGAGCAUGUGGUGUGUAGGUGUAUGCAUAAUUUAUAAUGCGUACUUUAAAACCAUCUGCCUAUUACACGACACAGACUGCAGACACACUGUUACUGUAAACUGCACACUGCGCGUGCACGCUCUUAAACGACACUCUACACUUUGUAUCGGAGCGUGCACCGAACAGUUUUAGAGUUACUUACAAGUAUGGUUUGGUAUAUUUCAAAGUGAAAGAAUCAAAUUCUUAAUUAUUAUCAUCCCUUAUUUUUGAUCAAUAAACGAUCUGUUUUGGGGA